AGCGCCGUGACAGAACGGAGCGACUUUAAAAAGCGAGAGCUUCUCCUCAACCCCCGAAAGCACACGACCUGCCCUUGUGCCCUCCCAGCAUCGUUGCUUGCCUCGCAGGUAGUCAGUCAAGAUGAGCGGACUCUUCUCCACCGAGAAUAUCACCGGGGUCAUCAUCCCCUCCGUGCUUCUUGUCGUGGGCACCACGAUCGUGAAGAAGGAAUGGGUCCCUUUUGCCGUUGCGCUGGCAGCUGCUCUGUCUGCCUGGAAGGUGGUUAGCAACCGCCCGCGCAAGGUGCUCACCCCCAAUGAGUUCCAGGAGUUCCCGCUCAAGGAGAAGACCCUCGUCUCGCACAAUGUCGCUAUCUACCGCUUCGCCCUUCCGCGUCCCACGGACAUCCUGGGACUGCCCAUCGGCCAGCACAUCUCUCUCGCUGCUACGAUCGCCGGAAACCCCAAGGAGGUUGUGCGCUCGUACACCCCUAUCUCCUCUGACAAUGAGGCCGGUUACUUCGAUCUGCUGGUCAAGGAAUACCCCCAGGGCAAUAUCUCCAGGUACCUGGCCAACAUGAAGAUCGGAGAUAAGAUGAAGGUGCGCGGACCCAAGGGAGCCAUGGUCUACACCCCCAACAUGUGCAGACACAUUGGUAUGAUCGCUGGUGGUACCGGUAUCACCCCCAUGCUCCAGGUCAUCAAGGCCAUCAUCCGUAACAGACCCCGCAACGGAGGCAACGACACCACCCAGGUUGACCUGAUCUUUGCCAACGUCAACCCGGAGGAUAUCUUGCUCAAGGACGAACUGGACGCUCUGGCACAGGAGGACGACGGCUUCCGUGUGUACUACGUGCUGAACAACCCGCCCGAGGGCUGGAACGGUGGUGUUGGUUUCGUUACUGCGGAUAUGAUCAAGGAGCGUCUCCCCGCCCCGGCUAGUGACAUCAAGAUCCUUCUCUGCGGUCCUCCUCCCAUGGUCAGUGCUAUGAAGAAGGCAACCGAGUCCCUCGGCUACACCAAGGCUCGCCCCGUCAGCAAGCUCGAGGACCAGGUCUUCUGCUUCUAAACGGGACGUACAGCGUUCGCGAGAUAUAUUUGCGGUGGUAUUAUGUAUCUGCUUAAAGCACGAGAUGUUAGACGGGACGUUCCUACCAUGCCAUAGACAUACCUGUUUUACGAAGCGGGAAGAGGUUGGGGGGACGGGGAAAAGUGUUAGAUUAACACCUAGACAUUCAUGAUGUUAAUGUUUGGGACACAACAGGUUCACACAACGGUGUUCUAGAGUGUAUUUUGACCUAAAUUGUGCCUGGCGUACAGUGCACGUGGGCUGGAUUAUCUCGAGUACAUUAUGUAUAGGAAAUAUAUGUUAGUACAAGGAUUAUUCGCAGA